UUAGGGAUUGUAUGUAGGUUUUGUAAUGCUUUUUAAUUAAUAUAUAAGAGAUUGGACAAAGUUAACUUUUUGUUUUGCGUAGUUAAAUUAUUUUAUUUUAUUUCAGAUUUUUGUCCGCGUGUAAUUUUAUAAUUAAUCUCUCACACUCGGAUAAGACACAAACCAUUUCGAUUCCUUCUUCCCGCUCUCCUUGCCAUCGUAAUCGUCUCCGCCGGUUUUCUCCAGCGCUGGCAUUCGCUUAUUAAUCCCUUCUGAUCCAUGACUCAUGAGGGUUGUAUUAUACAUCUAGUGAAGAAUUGCAGAACUAUCAUUGGUUUGAACCUAAAUGGCUGCAACUUAAAAAGAGUCACUGAAUAAUAUCACUAGGUGUGUUAAGAUCACAGAUGAUGGAUUACUUAAAGUGCUACAGAUGUGUUAUACCAUCCAGACCUUAAACCUCUAUGCUCUUUCAAGAUUCACAGACAAGGCCUACAAGAAGAUAUCUCUUUUGCUUGAUCCAAGUUGCUUAGAUCUAUGUUUAAUACACGUUGGAGAGGUAACAGUUGUUGGUGCGAAGGGAAAUUUAGGGCGUUUCAUCAAUAACUGCCGCCUUACUGAAAAGGAUCAGGAGUCGAUUUAUGACUACAACUAUGUGAGGGUUUUUGCUGCUGCUGCUGCCAAAAAGUGUUAUUGUGGGUCAUCACAUUGCCGAGGCUAGGAGAUCCUUUGAACGGCGAUGUAAUUGUUCAAAGUUGCUCAGAUGAAGAGUACCCUGAAAUUGUGCAGGCAAAUCUGGAAUAGCAACUGCCUUCUUCAGUGAGAGCAAUGCAUCACUGGCUAGGCAGCUCGCUGAGCUGUUGCAAGAAGCCAAUCAAGAGGUGCCUGAUUGGCUCACAAGAUACGCUUCACGUGCUUCAUUUGGCGGUGGUAAGAAACGGUCUGGUGGCCAGACGGGAGGGAAUGUUGAGCUCAGCUCUCAUGCUUCUCAAGUAGUUCCUCUUGGUUUUCUUGUGGACAGUCAAGCUCAAGAGCUCGUGCAGAACUCCCACAGCUCGUUUCUCCAUGAGAUCUGUGGGAGACAGACAGACCAUGUAUGUGCUCAUAACAAUAUUGCAACCAGCGUGUGUGCUGUGUUUAGCAUAUAUAUAUAUAUAUAUAUUCACUGCUCUUAGUAUUUAUGUAAGGUAUCGAAGAAAGUAGAUGAAGUAUGUGUAGGGGAGGUGAGAAUACUCCAUCAUAAAUCUCUCAGAACCUUGUAUUUGCUUUUGAUCACAAGAGAGUUCUGAGUUUAUUUCUUAAAGAUCUUUUCUUUUUCAAUCUGUUCGUAACACCGAGAUCGAACUUGAGAGAGAGAGAGACAGGUUCUCGUUUUUCAUCAUCAUCAGAAGUCUACAGAGUCUCUCCACUAUAUCAGCCUCUUUGCUUUGAUGAAUGGUCCUUGAGAAUGCAAGCUGCUCUGAGAUCGGUUUCGGUAUCAAAGAUUCUUGUUCUUGAACCAUUUCAAUCAAACCUUUGCCAUUCCUCGCCAUUGUUGAUGUAGAUAGUGACCUCGAGAUUGCCUCUGAUUUGGAAUAGACUUUCAGCUGCUCUGUCUCUGUCGCACCCUUCCAUCUGGCUGGCUGGUAAACAAAGUUUGACUACUUCUCAUGUUGAUUGAGGAGCAGUGCAGGGGAUAAUACUUUCAGCUGCUCUGUCUUUGGUUAGUUUAAGACUACAAGUUUGACUCUUUGUUGAUACUUUAUUGUACUAGAAUUAUAUAUUGCUGUGGGUGUUUGGAAUAUUGUAAAGCUGGGGGAGUCUGAUGAAGAUCUUGGCAGACACAUACACAAUGAUGAUAAAGAUGUGUUUAGGAAGAUGAUCAGAGUGUGUGAACCAGAUGCAGACACUCAAAAGGCUUGCGUUUUGUUAGAGGAAAUGAUCGACCAUCAGGUGUGACUUUUGAGAGAGUAAGACAGCUGCUUCUCAAACAAGGUAGAUGAGAGGUGUGAUCCAGUUUGUUAAUAAGAAGAUGAAUCUUUUGGUCGAGUGAGCCGAGCCUUUGUGUGAUUGAUUGUCAAGUUCGCAGCUGGUUCUAAGCUUCUUAUAAUAUUUCUUUUACAAAACAUGUUUUGGUUCAUGAUCUAUUUCAAUUGUUGUAAACUUGUAACUCAAGGUUGAAACCAACAGAGCGUUACGGUUAAGAUUA